AGAGACUCAGAGACAGCUCCAUGACUGUGGGCUUUUGCACAGGGGCUGGGGAGGAUUUCCUCUGGCUGGUUGGAAUGUCUCUUGCUUCCUCUUCGUUCUCAGUGCCAUGGUAGGUGACGAGGCUGGGGGGUACCCAAGACCUCCACCAGCCUGAGUCAUCAGUUCCAUCCAGUCUGCCUUGGAUUCUCUCUGGCAGCUCCCCUCCCCAGGACCAGCUUAGACUCCCCUUCCUCUAGUUGGACUGUUACUAGAAGACCUGCCUCAGGCCACCGGGGUCAAGGGGCAGUGUGUAAAAUAUUUUUAAAAUGUUUUUAAUUAAAAAAAACUUUCCUCAAGUCACACAGGGAUUUAUUGACUCAGGGAUGAUUAGAACCCAGAGGUCUCCAGUGGACAUGUUGGUAUUCUGGUCUGCAAUUAAAAAACAGAAAAAAAAAUCAAAUAUAGGGUCUGGUUGGGGGCAUUGCUGUGACAAACAGCUAAUACAGAAGCACUUCCCUACGAGGCUUCUGGGCCCUCACCAGGCUUCUGAGGGGGCAGCUUCCAGAACACCUCCCAGUUGUGGUCCCCCCCCACUUCACCCCACCACUACCACCAUGCAGCAAAGGACAGGGACCCUUGUUCCCAAUCUGCAACAUCCUAAUAGGAAGUAGGCCUGUGGAGCAAAAUGAUGAAGGAAAGAAAGGAAAGGCAUAGAGGGAAGAGGAGGAUGACUUACUCUGCUUUGAACCAGGCUCACCGUGAAUAGAUUAUUCCUUUCAGUGGAAGAGGUUUUCAUAAUAAAGGUUCCUUUCUCUUUAUUUUGCAUCAUUAUAUCUGAAAGGUGCCGUAACAGACUUUGAUGGAACUUUUUAAAUUUUUUUUAACAAAGUAUUUGUACCUGCAUUGUGUUGUAAAUGCUCACACCCCCCUAGGAUAGAGGGCCCAGCACCAGUGAAGAAUGGGGGACAGACUCGGGCUUGGGAACAGCACCAUGGAGUCCAUGGCAAGAGCCCGCAGAUAUCAGAGGCCCAGACACUGGAGGGUGAGGAAGAGGGUAGAGGAAGAUGCUGGGAACCCUGAGGGGGUAUUCACCAGGGUCCAAAUGUUCUAUCAGGUACAACUUAAGGUUUAUAAAACAAACGUGAUGAAAGUAAAUUUAUACAGCCAUGCUAAUGAUAAUUAAGGUCCUUAAAAAGUAGAGUUCACAACAGGAAAAUAUAGUGUGUAUCCUUUGCCUUUAAAUAAAUACUUAUUUGUAAUUCGAUAGUAAAUUGAUCAUUAACAUUAAUUACGUGAAUAGGCCCAGGGCAAAAAAUCCCACCAGGUCUCUCUCAUUCUCUAAGCACUUAAAUCUCAGAAAGUGCAAGUGAGUCUGGCAGUCUACUCAUUUUUCUAACAAUUCAAGGUUUCUUAGUUCACACCCCUACAAUACGUGCAGGGCAUCCACUCUGUGCCAAGCGGGGCUGGAGGCGCUCCGCAGACUCUCGCGGGGGGGGGGGGGUCUACUUCUUGGGAGUCCCUGUUCUCUGGCCUCCUUGGGGCCCUGGUCAAUGGAAGGGGGGCGGGGAGGAGCAGAAGCUGAGAGUGGGCAGAAGGCGGUAGUCAGAAGACAGGUGGUUCAGGGUUUAUGAACGGGUGGGGCAUUUGCCCUGCAAAGGGGCAGGGUCAGGACCCGCCUUGAACGCAGAUUCUGAAUCUCACAGCCCGGAUCACAACAGAGCAUGUGGGAGGUGCCCUGUCCCCACCUCCAAAGGCACAUCCCCGGGCAUCAGCCGCCAAAGCAGGCAGUUUCCUCUUUGAAACAGAGGUGCCGUCAAGGUCGCUGGGCUCCUCUCCUGAGCCAUACGCGAUUGGCUAGAAGUGGUGAAUGUUUACGUCAACUCGACGGAAGGCGUAGCUCAUUCGCCCCCGCGGGUGACGCAACCCGAGGAUAUAAAGCUAGCGUCAGGCUGAAUCAUUAGACCAUAGAGCCCUGCCCCGCGCAUCCCACAGGCGGCAGGGACGAUCCGGCGCCCCACGAAGCACACUUUCAUUCCUGAUGGCUACUCCGCGGCGACCUGGACAGCGAGCGCCCCGCGACCGCACGUGGCAGCGGGCACAGAGCACACAGGCCGCCUCGAGUACCCGGGCAGGGCGCGCCCCCGGUCCCAGGCCUCGGCUGCGGGGCCCCUUGGUUCUCAUCUUCUUCGUCCUGGGUGUCCUGCUGUCGAUUGCAGCUGCUUCAGCCAUGCCCAUAAGGCAGGAAAAAUUUCACCAGCAAUUAGCUUCCCCGCAGGGAGGGAAACACAGCCGCUCAGAGAAGUGUCUACCAGGGUUCCACAUGGAGGAAGCCAGUGGAGAUUGUGUGCCGUGCACGGAUAAGGUGGAUUACACCAAUUAUUCAAACACCCUGUCUUCUUGCUUACUCUGUAAGACUUGCAAAUCAGAGGAAGAAGAGAAAAGUCCGUGCACCUCAACCAAGGACACUGAGUGUCAGUGCAAACCUGGCACUUUCCGUAGAGAAGAUGCACCUGAAUUCUGCGACAAGUGCAGAACCCGGUGCCCUGAUGGGAUGGUUAUGGCCAAGCCCUGUAACCCCUUCAGUGACCUCAAAUGUGUGGACCAAAAAUCAGGUACCCAGGCCAGUGGGGAGGCCCCGGUUCCUAGUGAGACAGUGACCAUGCGCCCAAGACUGCCCACCACUCCCUCUUCCUCCUCAGACACUUCACAGCUGGUGAUCACAGUUGUAGCUGUAAUUACACCUGUCUGUCUCCUGCUGCUGGUGCCGAUCGCAUAUGUUUUCUGGCGGUUCUGCAUUCAAGGUCGUGGUGUGGACCCUAAGUGCAUGGACAGGGUCUUUUUCUGCUGCUCCUGUCCCCCAAGAGGUCCUGGGGCUCUGGACAAUGCCCAUAACAACAUGCUGAUCAACAGAGAUUUGCUGUCCAUUCUGGUGCCCAAGAAGGACCUAGAAGACCAGGAGCAGGACAAGCUGACAGGUGUCAUGGUACAGUCUCCAGUGGAAGCAAAGCAUUUACUGGAACCAACAGAAGAUGAAGCAUCUCACACGAGAAGAAGGCUGCUGGUUCCAGCAAACGGUGCAGACCCCACUGAAAGUCUGAGACUAUUCUUCGAUUACUUUGCAACCGCCGUGUCCCCUAACUCCUGGGACUCACUCAUGAGGCAGUUGGGCCUCACGCGAAAUGAGAUCCUUCUGGCCAGAGAAGGGGUCCGGGUCCCUCGGGAUGCCUUGUAUGAAAUGCUAGAGACCUGGGUCAGCAACAAGGGACGGGCGGCCUCAGUCAACACCCUGCUGGAUGCCUUGGAAACGCUGGGGGAAAGACUGGCAAAGGAGACAAUUCGGGACCACCUGUUGGGCUCGGGAAAGUAUGUCUAUGAAGAUGGUGAAGCAGGCUCUGCUGUGUCCUGAGUCUAAAAGAAUCUCUUUAUGAAACUACAGCUUCCCUACUUUACCUUUUCUUCUGGAAAGGGACACAUGAUUGGACACCAGCCUGGAUGAAACAGCCGGUACUUGACGAAUACUUGAAGGAACACUAUCAUCCGAUAUAUGCAGAAGUUGUAGAGUUCUAGAACUUUUCAGUAAAAUGAGUAAUUUUUAUGAAAUGUCAUUGAUAAAUGAUGGUGGAAAUAUUUAUAAAUAUUUAUGCUCGUGUAUGUACUGAGAGUUGGUUUAGGAUGUCAUUUAGUUCAGAGCACUUUGUCAUCCUACCAGAACUGCACGUUUUACUUGUAUUUUUUAUAUUGGGACAUCCACCCAUGUUAUGUGCGUACUUAAUUAUGUCUAAUGACGACUUAAUAUUUUAUGAUAAGCAUCUUUCCAUUUUAAUAUUUUUGUAUAGAUUUAUAUGAACGUGGGAAACCUUUUGGAAAGGUUACUUACUAGGUUGACUACGUGGGUUCCCUGGAAGGGAGCAGGCAACCAUAAAAUCAGUAAAAAUACAGAGCAGGGAGGACGAAGCCCACUGCAGUGGGAGGCACUGGUGGGAUCAAUUCUCCCUCAUACGGGAGUCUGACUUUGUCUAGGAUUAGAUGACCAGCAACUUUUAAAGUGUCCAUCAUUUCCAACUGACAAUUUUAUAGGUGUGGGAUUAUUUAUAUUAUUUAUUGGUAGAUGUUUACAAAUGAGGAGAGAGUGAGGAGAAGUAGCAUCCACAUGCAGCCCUGUGUCUGGUAUCCAUGAACUGGGCUGUCAUGCGUGGGCCUCCUCCUGUUCAUCUAUGGACCUGAGUGGGAAGGGUGGGACAUGGGUGGGACACGUGAGUGUCAAAUAGCUUCUAUGUCAUGUGCCACGUCUGGUUUUGUUAGUGAACUUUCAGUUCUAUCUGGGCUCCAGGGAGAGAGGACAGGGAUCUGCUCCUAGUGUCUGCCACGGUCUCUGGGAGGAAGAGGGGACAGUGCUCAUGGAUUGUGUUCAAUGUUGGCUGACUCAGCACUACUAGAUAAGCCCUCUCACUUACGGUGGUCUGUGAAUCUGGGUCCCAGAACAGCCUUUUUAGGGUACAGAUUCCAAAUAUGAGGAGCUUAGUGCCUCUGUAAGCAUCCCACUUCUGCAUGAAAGGGAACACAUAAACACAAAUUCUUAUUUUCUUUUUACCAUUAGAAUGUAUACUUUAUUUUUUAAAAAUUUUCCAUUUUUAAAAAUUGAACUAUAGUUGGUUUACAACUAAGCCUUCACGCCACAACUAAUAAUCUCGUGUGCCUCAACAAGAGAGCCCACGUGCCACAACUACAGAGCCCACACACUCCGGAUCCCUGCACGCCGCAACUAGAGAGAGAAAACCCGUACGCAACCACUAGA